UGUAUACAUAUACUUUUAAAAAAAGCAAAAUUAAAAUGUAUUUCUUUAGUACUUUAAAUGAUCUCUGAUCCUACAAAUGUGAACAUUCUCUCCAGUGGUGCAGAUUUAAGCCCAUCCAUGCCUCCUUAUUUUGUAUAAUUUGUCCAUUAAUCUUUCACAGAAGAUUUAACUCAGUGAGCUGGAAGCAUUCUCUAGACAUUUCUACUUUUUGUGAAAUCUAGUGGAGUAUUCCAUGCUCUCCAUCUGAAAUUCUUCUCAACACAUGACUGAUCCACCUCCUUUUCUGAUACUAAGUAUUGGUUCUGUGAGGGAUAGAAAUGUUAGGGGUUUUUAUAAAGGGUUGGACUGGAUUAUUCAAGAGUAGGGUCUCUAGGAAUUUAAUUAAUUCCAAAGUGAUUUAUUUUAACAAUUUAUUUAUAAAAUAUAGAGUGAAAGCAAAAAAUCAGAGAGAGGAUAGGAUAAGAUAUCUAGGCUACACACAAAGUAUUUUGCUCAGGCCCUGGCUCAACCCAGGCAGGGCCUUGAGCUGAGGAGCCGAAGAAUCGGGGAGCCUCUCUCAAGAGGGUAGGUCUCUCUUGAGGCUAGUUUUUUCAGAAAAUCCAAGGAAAGGACUUAGCUUUUUUCACUCACCACGUGUCAGUCCAAAGGGAUGCAGUUUGAGAUCUCAAGUCCAAGUUCCUCCAAAGUCAAGUAGAAGACCACAGAGAGAAGAGAAAGCUCACAGGAAGUUCUUGGAAUUUUUAAAGAUCAUUCCUUUUCAUCACUUCCUGUGACUUUUCUCCAUUUGAUGUGUACCAAUUACAGUUAAAGCUUUGCUUAGGACUGCCCAGGGGGCAGUCAGUGGAUUCUGAUUCAUCACCCACUAUCACACACGUGGGUCACAGACCAUCCCCACUCAAGUGUGAGUGGGGUGUAUAUGCUUUUUUGGUGAUUAAAUCUAAAAGUGGGCAGGGGAGAGUUAAUUUAAUCUUCACAGUUCCAAGGCAGUAGAAAGGUAAGGGAUAGGCAUUUGAGGUUAAAUGACUUGCCCAGGGUCACAGAGCUAGGAAGUGUCUGAAGCCAGAUUUGAACAUAGGAUCUCACAUCUCCAAGCCUGGUUCUCUAUCCAGUGAUCCAUCUAACUGCCCCCUUACAUUAUUUCUUGUACUGAGAUCAUCAUUACACAUAUUAGUGCCCACCAUGCACUUCUCUUUUGCCUUUUGGGUCACCUACAUUCAUUUUUAAGUCUGGAGAUUAUGAUGAUCCAAUAUUUGUAGCCACAGAAUUUCAAUGGGGGAACAUUUUGCACUAGAGAAACUUAUUGAGAUCAUUGAAAAUGCUGCAUAAUUUUCCAAAUACAAUCUUACUUUUUCCUAUUCAUUUGAGGGCUCAAUUCAUCAUUUUAUAGGGUGUAUGUACCAAAGACAUAUGUAUGUACUAGCUCAAUGAGCUGUCUAACCAAUUUCAUCAUAACCUGGGAAAUGCACAUUUUUCAUCUUUUUAUAUCUUCCAAUAUGGAUUGAGAUUGAUCUUUUUAAAUGAUCACUGAUCUCAUCAUAGUCUAGUUAGAGUCAAUGGGCAUAACCUCAGUAUAAGGUUGGAGAGAAGCAGAUCAGUUCAACAAACAUUUCGUGAACUUUAAUAUGCAAGGUAUCUGAUUUUGUCAUGCAACACAAGUUAUCCCCUCUAGCUUUGUGUCUUAUAAGUGUUUUAAGUAUGUGUUCUAUGCCUUCAUCUAAGUUACUGUUAAAAAAUAUGGAAUAGCCAAAGACAGAUCCCUGGGACAUGACACUAGAGACUUUCCUCCAUGAUGGCUCUGGUCCCUAGUUCUGAAUCCACCAACCUGUAAUAUCAUUUAAUCUACAUCUUUCCAUCUUGUCUGCCAAGAUCUAGAGAGAUUUUGUCAAGUACCUCACUGAGAUACAUAUCCGCAGUGUUCCCCUCAUCUAUCAUUCUAGGAAAUUACUAAAAAAAACCCCCAAAUCUCAAAACAUGAUUUAUACCUCAUGAACCUGUAGAAGAAAUUAAUAAUCACCCCUGCCCUUUCUUAACAUCCUUUUACUACUGGGUUCCAGAAUUUUGUCAAGAAUUAAAGUAAGCCUACCAGGCAGAAUCUGAAGAAUUUACUUUCUUCACUUUUUUGAAAAUCAGUUUAGAAUUCGGUUAUCUAUACUUGUCAGUCCCGUUCUUCGUGUUAUAAAAGAUUAAAGCAAAAUAUAAGUUGAAUAGUUGGUUUUCCUUCCAAGUCAAUUUUAUCAUAUACCAUACCCAACAAAUAGUCUCACCUCUUCUUUGAUCUACCUUUCCUUCCUAGAUUUUAUUCUUCAUGUUAAUCACUGGCUUUAGCACUUCUGCAUAUUAGAAUUAUUGGCAUUAUAUAUUUUAAGAGGACCCUACCACUUUUCUGUAAAUUCAUCUAUAAUUACUUGCCUUUGCUUCCAUUUCCUAUACAUCUACUUUUAAGUUAUUCCUUGUGCAUCCUCUUUGUUGUUGUUUACUUUCAGGCUCAUCUGACUCUUUGUGACCCCUUUUGGUUUUUUUUUUAUUUUUAAUUUUUUUUGUGAUUUAAAAAUUUUUAUUUGAUUAGAAUUUAGAAUAUUUUUCUAUGGCUACAUGAUUCAUGUUCUUUCCCUCCCCUCUUCCUCCUCCCCCUCCUGUAGCCAUCAAUCAAUUCCACUGGGUUUUGCAUGUGUCAUUGAUCAAGGCCUAUUUCCAUAUUAUUAAUAUUUGCAUUAGGAUAUUCGUUUAGAGUCUACAUCCCUUUUGGGGUUUUCUUGGGAAAGAUUCUGAGGUGGUUUUCAAUUUCCUUCUCUAGCUCAUUUACAGAUAAGGAAACUGAGGCAAUUUACCCAGGAUUACACAGCUAGAUGUCAUAUUUGAACUUCUUGACUUCAGGGUUAGUGCUCUAUCUACUAUUCCACCUAGCUAUCUAUGCAUUUACUUAGGUUUGUAUUAAUUCUGAAGUGUUUAGAAAAAGAACAAAGAAUGAGUUCCUGAAUGCAAGAAACCAUCAACCUGAGCCUUGAAAAGUUUUCUCUGUUGGAGGCUCAGGCAGUGAUUCAAGGAAAGAGUUAAAAGGCUAAAGGAUAGGUAGUGUUGAUACUCAUUUAAAAAAAGAAAUCCUUAUCUUCAGUCUUAGAAUCAAUGCUAUUAAAUGACUUGCUCACUUAAGCUAGGAAGUGUCCUCAAAUUAGAACCCAGGACUUCCCAGCUCUAGGCCUGGCUCUCAAUCCUCUGAGCUGCCUAUCUGCCCCCACUAACACUCAUUUUAACCAUAUUUCACCUUGAUAAAAAUACUGGACAGGGUGAAAACAUUGGUUUUUCAUAGGAGGCAGCCUCCCAGGAUGAAAUUACAUUUGAGAGGGUCCAGUUCUUCAUAUAGUACAGAAGUCUGGAAAUGCAUUUGUAGCCUAAGAGCAGUUAGAAAACACAGAUUGGUUUUGAGGUGGCCCUAUGUUAACUGUACUGAGGGCAAGCUGUAGCUACAUGUCCAAGAUAGGUAAGAGUCCUGAUAACAAGAUACUGACAAACAGUGAAUGUCCAAAGUAGGGCAAUCAAGAUGGAAAGGACAACACUGAUAUUCAAGAAUGGGUUAAGGGAGCUGGGGAUAAGACACCUUAGAGGAGACGCAAAAACUCAAGUCAAAAGAUGGUGGAGGGAAAGCAAGAUCCAUUCCGGCUGCUUCCGCAGCCAAUGGGUGGAAGGUGCAGAGAGCCAAGGAUUCUGGAUUGAGCAGCUGGAGGGGCCUUGGAGGCUAGCUUGGCCAAAUCCCCAUUUUAUAGAUGAGGAAGCCGAGGCUUGGCCGAGGUUGAGUGACUCGCGCACAGUCACAAAGGCGGGUUUUUUUAGCCUCUUCUAAGAAAACCCUCAGCCAUGAGAGCGUAGCCAUUCAUUUUGAUGUGACCAACAGGCGCCAAUCCGUGCCAAAUGCAGUCUUAAGCUCUGGCAAAACAAAUUGCGCGCGCAGAACCCUGCGAGCACAUCCUUGGCUCCGAGAAUACGGGAGAACACAGACUGCUAGGGGUCUGGAGAACCUUGGCCCAGAAGGGAGCUCCAACCUGGGGGGGGGGGGGGGGGGGAGCAGAAGCUCCGUUACUCACCCCGCCCUCAGGAGGCCCCACCCCACUUCGGUGCCCACCGGAAGCGGCCCCUUCCCCAAAGGGGCGGGGAUAGGUUGGAGGGAGCAGGAGUCCCAGGAUGCCUCGCGUGUCCCUGGCAACCACUGCCGCGUGAAGAGAACAAGAAUGGGCGAAGCGGGAACUUGGAGAGGGUCGGCCCCGGAGUUCGGGCCGGACCUGCCGGCUUCGCUUGUGGAGCUCUCCCGGCCACCGGCGAGGAGAUGCAGGGAAAUGGCUUUGGCGACUCCGGUGCAGGUGCCUAUAAAGUUUGAGGAUGUGGCUGUAUAUUUCUCAGAACCAGAAUGGAAGAAUCUGGACCAGUGGCAGAAAGAACUUUACAAGCAUGUGAUGACAGCCAAUUAUGAGAUCUUGUUCUCUCUGGAUUCUGCCAUUCCCAAACCAGACUUGAUAUCCCACAUUGAGCGGGGUGAAGAACCAUUCCUUAGAGAUCAUGGGAACUUAAUGAAAAGAGAUAAGACAAUUGGAUAUGGUCUUGAUGUGCAGCAUGACUUGAAGAGUCCUUCUACACAUCUGUUAUGGGGGGACCAAACUGUUGUGAAUAUUGACAAAGAGGAAUGUCAUUUACAUGGCCUUCAAAGCCAGGACUCAUCUAGAUCUUUGUCAGAGAAAAAGACAGAGUUUUGCUCUAGACCUGAAGUCACAUCAGGAAUCCAAUUCCUGCAGGACACACUUCCUAAAAUGGAAAAAGUCUAUAGCACUAAACCAUCCACCCAGAGUGAGGGAGAGCCAUUCCACCAAAGCAAGGGUUCUCCUAAGGUCCAGGAAACCCCCCCAGAACAAAGAAUCUAUCCUUGUCCUGUGUGUGGGAAAAGUUUCCAGGUGAAUGACCACCUGGUGAGUCACCAGAAGAGCUGUUACCAAGACCAACCAUGCAAAUUCCCAAAGUUCAAGAAGAAAUUCAAUAAACCAUCUGAUCUUCAGUUACCCCAAAGGAUUAACCUAAGAGAAAAACGGUUUCAAUGCAAUGAGUGUGAAAAGAGUUACAGGCGCCAGGUGGACUUGCGGAACCACCAGCUUGUGCACACAGGUGAAAGGCCUUUCCAGUGCCCUGACUGUGACAAGAGUUUCCGACAAAAGGGACAAUUACUCAACCAUCAAAGUUUGCAUACUGGGGAGAGACCAUUCCAGUGCCCUGACUGUGACAAGAGCUUCCGACAAAAGGGACAGUUGCUCAAUCACCAACGUCUGCACACAGGUGAAAGACCUUUCCAGUGCCCUGAAUGCAAGAAGAGCUUCCGUCUGAAGGCCGUCAUGAAGGCCCACCUGGGGUUACAUAGCAGAGAGAGGCCAUUUUCCUGUAGUGAUUGUGGAAAAGGCUUCACCCAGCAAUAUAAGCUCACCGAGCACAUCAGAGUACACAGUGGGGAAAAACCUUACCAAUGUCCUGAGUGUGAUAAGAAAUUCCGCCUUAAGGCAGUCAUGAAAGCCCACCACCGAAGGCAUAGUGGGGCAAGACCAUUUUCUGAAUCUGGUCUUGGCAAGGGUUUUACCAAACCCUCUUUAUUCAAUGCCCACAUUAGAAGUCAUGUGGGGGAGAAGCUCUUCAAGUGCCAAGAAUGUGACAAAGGUUUCUCCCAGAAGAGGGACCUUCUCACCCACCAGCUUAUACACACAGGAGAGAAACCUUUUCAGUGCCCUGAGUGUAAAAAAGGCUUCCACCUCAAGGCUGUUAUGAAGGCUCAUCAACGAUUGCACAGUAAGGAGAGGCCAUUUACCUGCACUGAUUGUGGCAAAGGCUUUACCAAGCAGUCUGCACUCACGAUUCAUAUCAGAGUGCACAGUGGGGAAAAACCAUUCAAGUGUUCCGAGUGUGACAAGAGCUUCCGCCUGAAGUCUGUCAUGAAGGCCCACCAGCGCAAACACAGUGAGGAAAGACCAUUCUCCUGUAAUGAGUGUGGAAAAGGCUUCAUUCAAAGGUAUAAACUUACCACUCAUAUGAGAAUGCAUACUGGAGAGAAGCCCUUCCAGUGCCCAAAAUGUGACAAGAGUUUCCGUUUAAAGAAAUACCUCCUCAAACACCAGAUUGUACACACUGGUGAAAGACCCUUCCAGUGUCCUGAGUGUGACAAGAGCUUCUGUCGGAAGGCUUACAUGAAAGUCCACCAGCGCCUCCACAGUGGGGAGAGGCCAUUUUCCUGUAGUGAGUGUGGUAAAGGCUUUGUUCAAAAGUAUAAACUCACCGAACAUUUCAGAGUACACACAGGUGAGAAACCUUUUCAUUGUGCUGAGUGUGACAAGAGCUUCCACCAGAAAGGACACCUGCUCAACCAUCAGCUUGUACACACAGGAGAGAGACCCUUCCAGUGCACAGAGUGUGAUAAGAGCUUUCGUCUGAAGGCUGAUAUGAAGGUCCACCAGCGCAUUCACAAUGGGGAGAGACCAUUCUCUUGUAGUGAGUGUGGCAAGGACUUCACUCAGAAAUCUGCACUAAAUACUCACCUCAAAUUGCAUGGCAAGUUGAAAUCAUACAGUUCCCUAAGUAUGUCAGAUAUUGAUCCUAGUAGUGCUGGCCAUUCCAGUCAUUAGAGUUUUGUUGCUGUUAAAACAGAAUGAGAAUCAUAAAGUAAAUGCAGCAGAACUAUGACAGCAGUGGGCAGACUAGCCUGGUGAGCAGAAGAAAUUUCACUGGGAAUCAUUUUCAGUUUGGAUCACUAAGGAUCUCUUGGAAUCCAGAAUCGGAACUUAGAAUUUGCAACCCAAAGACAUAUUACCCUACCCUCCAAAUACACCCCAGCUAUUAUUAGGGUCAUUACAUAACUUCCAAAAAGUAGGACUAUCUACCUUAUCAGCUUCAAAAUGGAGAGAAUACAUUCACUGGAUGACAGGCAAUGCAAUUUAUAAUUUAAGAAUGAACAAGUAUAUGUGUUUGACUAUACAGACAAACUGAGAUGCAAAGUAUUAAAAUUAGUCUUUUAAGGCCAUCAAGAGGCUGGUAGCUGUAUAGAAUACGUAUAUAGAAGGUCCAAGAAAAUUAGAACAUCAAUCUUAAAACAAAUAUUAGAAUAUUGAAGGAUUUGAAGUACUAGAGAAUAGGAAUUAGUUUUGAGAUACUUUCUUAUUUAAACAAGUAGAUCGCCUACAUAUUGCAAGAAGAGAGAUCUGGAAAAGUCAGGCCUUCAUUUCUUCAUGUUGACUGAGAUACUCAAAACUGUAGAGGAUCCUAGGAACACCAGGGGGAAAAAAGCCAUUAAAAUCAUACCAUCUUGUUGUGAAUGAGACCAGAAGGUAGCAGAUUCUUAAAAACUAAAUGAAGGCCAGAGACAUAUUCGUUUAACUAUCUGUUUUAAAUGGCUCAGAUUUCCCUAUGUCACUAAAAGAAAUCAUCUGAAAGAUACAGCAAUGGGAGUCAAAGAAAAGAAGUCAGAGGUAUAAUUACAACUCCAUGGUGUCAAGGAGGGAAAAAGAGUGAUGAGAGGAGCUAUAAUGAAGCUGACAGAAGUGGGGUUGUUGGGAAGGGAAAUGGUUUGCUGAGAAAUGGAUUUGGGUGAUAGAUUAUCCAAGGGGAAAAGUACCAAGUUGUGAAAUAUAGAUUUGGAGCUUGGCAUCUAUUCUUAGCUUUGGUUUUCUGAUACUAUAGGGCCAUGUUGGCAAACCUGUAGCAUGCAUGCCAAAGUGACUGCUUCCUUUCCCCUCUCCACCACACCUAAGGACAUUUCUCAUAUUACCCGCCCCUCUGCCUAGCAGCCCAAUAGGAGUACUUCCUCCCUCCUCUGGGGUAAGAGGAUGGCUCACAUGCAAUGUGAGGGUUGCAAUUUGGGCAUUUGAUCUUUAAAAGGUUCACCAUCACUACUCUAGGGUAUAACUUCAAAGGAGUGUCACUUAAUUCACUAAAAAUUAUACAAAAUAAAACUCAAUUUACUUCAUAAAUACAUAUUACAUGCCAUGUGGCAUUUGUAGUAUCAAAUAAUAAACUUUAAAAUCUUAAAAUAAUUUUGGAAUCAUCACACUGGAAAAUAUAAGUAUAUAUUCAUUCAUGACUUCCUGAGACUCCAUUUUUCUGUACUCUUCACAUGAGAGACUCUGGUAUAAGGGAAGGACCUGAGUAGUCAAGAGACCUGGGUACUAGUUCUAGUUUUAUUAAUUAGAUGGGUGUUCCUGGGCAUGGUUGUAAUUUUUCCAAUCCUCCAUUCCCUUAUCUGUAAAAUGAGUGAUCCCGAACCAGAUGAUUCCCAAGGUUAUUUUAGCUAACACUUUUUCCAUACAGGGAAUCAACAACAAUUUAACUUUGAAUAAGCUUUUCAGAUAUAAUAUUGAAAGAACUAAAACAGCUUCUUUGUGGCUUCUUUGUGUAGAUUCUAAAUCAGUUCUUGAUUUCCAAGAAUGAAUGAAGGGAAGGACUGUAACUUAGUGAUAAAGAAAACUCAAUAAAAACAGAAACAUCUCUGGUACUGAUGAACAAUGUAAUUUGGAGUCCUUUGGGGGUAAGUAAGAUAGGAGUAUGACCACAAAACAUAGACCUACUCCUUAAGAUUAUGAGAUGAAUAUAAAACUUGCAUUUUAACUAUGUAAUCCUCUAUUGUAUUCAGUUGCUACAUCUAUAAAAUGGUAAUAAUAUUAGCAUCUGUGUCACAAGAUUAUGAGGAUCAAAACAAUACUAUAAAGUAUUUUAUAAACUCUUAAGAUGCAGUAUAAGUAUUAGCUGCAUUGGACUGACUGACAAAGAGGAGGAAUGGAAAGAGUCUAAAACACCUCUAUUUCCAAUUCAUUCAUAAACUCACUGGGGAUAAUUGACUUUUUUCUUCGUGGGGUCUCAUUUUUCCUAUCUGUAAAUAGGGAUACUUCUAUGGUACUCUGCAUGAUGUAAGAAUGAUCACUAGAAAGCUGUGAAAGGGCUAAAUAGGGAGUUCAGCCUGCUUGAAAUUUUAGCCAAAAAUACUGAACCUAAUUAAAAGGUAGGCCAGUGGAGCUACUACAUUGCAUAGUAGAAAGAGUCCUGGCCUUGGAAUUAGAAAAUCCAGAUCAGUAGACCAAGUUUGCUUCUUGCAACCAUUGUGGUCUUGAACAAAUCAUUUAACAUUUGGGCCUUAUGUUCAACUGUAAAAUGACAGUUUGAUUUAGACUAAAUGACAUCUGAAGUUCCUUCUAACUCCAAUAAUCACAAGAGCAACUGUCAUGCUAGCAAAUAUUGAAACUGAAUUGUAAGUGAAUAUCUAAAGUAAUUCAGUCCACAAAUUUCUGAUCAUAUAACCCGCUAUUGAAAAACUUGGAUUCCCUGGUAGUGAAGAGGGCUGAAUUUAGCAUCAGAGGAUUUGAGUUCAGAUCUUAAUUUUGCCACUUGACUACUUUUACUAGCUGGCAACAGUAGAGUGCUAGACGUGGAGCUACAGGAGACUGGGUUCAAAUCUGACCUCAGUCACUUCCUAAACAGUAUGACUGCAAAAGUCAUUUAACCCUAUUUGCCUCUGUUUCCUUAUCUGUAAAAUGAGCUGGGAAAUUGCAAACCACUCCAGCAUCUUGCCCAAGAAGCCAUAAGUAAGGUCCCAAAGAGUCAGAUGUGAAUGAAAACAACUGAACGGACGACAGCAACAGUAAUCUAUGUGUGAAUCUGGGAAAAUCAAUUUGACACUUUAGGUCUUAUUUUCAUCAUCUAUGAAAUGAGGGUAAAUAGAUUGGCUGACUUCUGAGGUCCCUUCCAGCUCUAAUUCUAUGUCAUACUCUGCUGUGAUGGGAUUCUUAAACUGAUUAUGUCAAAUAAUGAAUUUCACUUUUGGUUGUUUCUUCCCAGUAGUUUUGUAAGCCAAGACUUGUAUAAAGUGGCAGGAGUCAGUGUUUACCUCCAGCGUGAUUUUAAAGUUAGCUCAUUGAUUACUUAAAAUCUCUCUGGGGUGAGGGAUUACAAAGAGAGCGUAUCCUAAACUAUGUUUGAGACUGAGUGUUAUAGUUGAUCAGUUGGAGUCCUGGUAAGUGACUUUUCAUUCUUAACAGCUGUUAGUUUUCCUCUAGAAAAGUAGGGUAAGAAUAAUACUAAAUGAAAGAAAACCAAAAGGUGGUCAUCUAACCCCCUCCUUGCACACUGAUAGUCUUUUCAUAGUCCCCUACUUUUUUGCUCUUCUCUUGUCUUGUGGUUGUCAUCUUUGAGAGUAACAUUGUUGACCACAUAGUAAACAUUUAUUAAGUGCCUGCUGUGUGUCAGGCCCUUUGCUCAGCACUAGUGAUAGAAAGACAAAAGAGGCUUCUAGCCCCCAGGAAACUCAUUAUUGGUAUAACAUCAUCAGCCCACUACCUCUGGGGGAUGAGGCCAGGAACUCCUAAGAAGAAAACUCAGCUCUGACAUGUCGUUUCUUAGUUGCCUGGACUCCUCUGAGACUUCAUUGACCAAAUUCACUAUACUCCUGCAGUGGCUACUUUCUCCCUCCUUCCUGUUUUUUAGUUUCCUCAUUAAAUUGUAAGUUCUUUGAGAGACUUUAUUUUUUUCUUCUAUAUUUAGAGUGCAUGAUACAAAGGCACUGAAAAAAGUUUAUUAUUUAUGGUCUCUGCUCUCAAGGGAAAUCUGAUCUAUCACAGUCUAAUGGGGGAAGUUGUUGCUCAGUAGUUUCAGGCAUAGCUGACUCUGUGACCCCACUGGGGAUUUUCUUGGCAAAAAUACUAGAGUGGUUUGUCAUUUUCUUCUCCAGGUCAUGUGAAGAGACUGAGGCAAACAGGGUUAAGUGACUUGCCUAUGAUCACACAGCUAGUAUUGACAGAAGCCAGAUUUGAACCUGGGCAGAUGAAUUUUCCUACUGUAUCCACUGAACCGCCUAGCUGCCCACUGAGGGAAGACAACACAUAAAAAGAAGCUGAGAAGGGGGAAGUAGAUAGAGUAUCUGGCACUGCAGGUAUGAUGAAAUUCAGGAGAGGGCAGCCCAGUGGGAGAUGAUAUGGUUGAUGCCCUGGGUCCUCCUCAUAAAUGGAGGAUCUGGGAGGAACUCAGCACUGUCCAUUCUCCAAUCUCCAAUGAAAGGGAGCCUCUGGGGCAAGAGGUAUUGAGGAGGCAGGAUGAUAAGAUUCUGGAGAGCAUUGAUAAAGUCCAGAAGAGUGCAGCCUGGUAGGAAAUGAAUGUAUAAAGUAGAGGCCGGGUGUGGUAUAGUCUGUAGUCCUGGUUUAUGGGGAAGAUGAUGCAGGUGAAUGUAUCACUUAUGUUUAGGAGUUUUCAGCUACAAGUAGGGCUGAAGUGGAUCAAGUGUAUACACUAAGUAAAACCAAUAUGGUGAACCCCAGACAGGGGGACACUGGCUCAAGUUAGAAAUAAAAUAGGUCAUUGUUUCCAUUAGCAGUGAGUUCAGGCCUAUCAGUGGCUGCUGCACUGCCAGCCUCGGUGAGAUAGGGAGGCCCAGUAUCCAAAAAAGGAAUGAAAGAAAAAUUCCUUGGGUAUUCUGUGUGUUCAUGAAAAAACUUGCUAAAGCCCAUAUCCCCUCCAUUUCCAGUAGACAUUUUCUUGAGUUAAGUGGUGAAAUCACAUUACUCUGGCCUCUUUACUUAGUGUCUGUGCUUUUGAUUUAGGCUUGAGAAAAUAUAAAAGGUGUAUAGGCAUUGUUCCUUAAGCAGUUCAUUUCAGCUACUAUCACUAUUUGCCUCCUUCCAUUCCCCCUACUUCUUUAUCCCCCACCCCACAUUUGUGAGAUCAUAAGAUAUGGGGUUGGCAUUACUGAACAUUUGAAACCAUGACCCACUGUGACCCUGUUGUCAUCAGGCCUGAUCUUAUAUCUAAUACAAUGGUUUUUAACCUGAAGUUUGUCAACUUAAAUGGGGGCAGGGAAGAUUACAUCUUUAUUUCAGUAUAAUUGAUUUCCUUUAUAAUCACAUGUAUUUUAUUUUAGGCAUUUAUAAACAUGUUUCUGAGAAAAGGGGUCCAUAGGUUUUACCAGACUCCAAAAGUGUCCAUGACACAAAAAAAGGCUAACAGUGCUUGAUCUUAUAACUGUUCAAAUUAAACAGAUCUUGAUUCUGUGUUUAUUUUUGGUUUUCUUUAGUGGUGGAAGUUACAUUUCUCAUAAGAAGACUUUGAAGGAAAUGGAUUCUUACAACUACAGUUGUCACAGUGUUGUCCUUUCAUUUUGUUAGUAACAUGGAGAGACUCUUGCAUUUCUGGUGCACCAAACACGACAAGUUUCUCCAUGAUGAGGUUAAUAAUAAUUCAACAACACCUGCAUUACCACUGUCCAAGAGUCUUCCUGUCCGCAGUGGAGGAGCUUGGGGGGUUGGGGGGAACGACUACCAGAGUUACAAUUAUAUACAGAAUAUACUGUCCUUGCUUUUCUCUGAAAAUUCCUUUAAAAGGAUUUAGUCUAAGGUCAUCUAUUCCUGUAAAAGAAACUGGCUAAGGAUAAUGGCAGUGACUAUAAUAAUAUUUAUACUACUUAUUUUCUCACAGAAUUGUUGUGGGAAAAAACAUUUUAGCAUCUUAAAGGCUGAAAAAAUAUGAACUAUGGUAAAUAUGCAUUCAUUGAUUUUUUUGAGAAUUGUUAAUUCAUUAUUUGGGAAUAAUUAUGUUUAGAUUUUUUGAAACCUUUGGGCAAAACUUACAGGGAUUGCUUGGGUUCCUCUGCUACUUGGCCCAGCUGAUACAGUGGCCAUUUUCUUGUGUUCCCAGCCUAUCAAAUAUGUGGCAAAAGUUGAGUUCUUCUACAGGGAUCACAUGCAGAGUGUUAUGGUGCAAGGUUUUAAAAGAAAUAUACCUAAUCACAUAGAAAUGUCUUAAAGCUCAGUGAAUGGGUAGCAAUUAUAUGUGUUCACUCUAGCUCUUCCAUAGUGUGAUCCCAGUUGCUGUGUUAAAACCCAAUUCUUAUUUCAUGUGCUGAUGUUAUUAGCCUUUUAUUGUGUUAAUAAUGAAUAAAGUAUCUCUGAAUCCAAAAA